CCGGUAAAUCGUAUCCCUCCAGACUUGUAAUCGGACCAGCCGCACAGACUAUAUAUUGGGAGCUGUAUAUAGCAUUCAAAUGCAAAAACAAAGCUAGUUUGGAAAGGACCUCAUCUAACUUUCAGAACAAAAGGACCAGGUAAACUACAGACAGCAUGGGAGCCAGUCAAAGUCGUGAGAUAUUGCCCCCUGGGCCACCAUACCCGGGGCCAGCUGCAGAAUACAGCUUCAUUGAGACACAGGUAACUAUGACAGGCAAGGUGUCCUUUGCACAGUCCAACCAGAUGAUCACAACCAAUAUUGACUCCUACUAUCCUAUCCUGGGACAGAAGUAUGCUGAAGGAUUCCGUCUCCUCAGUUUUUACCGCAUUCCGUUUGCUGCACUACAACAACACCCGUUCAGCCUUAAGAUGGACGUUCCAUAUCAGGGCAUCUUCAUUCGUCACCCGACUGUACCAAGACUUGAGGCAUGGCAUCUCCAUGUUGUCAAAGCAGUCAUGGUUGUUCAAGUUGUACGCCAUGGCUUGAUCUCUGCCGAAGUUGCCACCGACACGUCACAGAUUAAUCAAGCCAUUGUAGAGAAUACCAGCACAGGCGGCCGACUCAUUUGUGUAGAAACCACUGGUCUACAAAAGCGCCAGGGGUUUAGGGCCGAAAUGCGAGGACAAGGUCCAAUCAUGGGUGUUGACUUGUUCUUUGAGAUGCCAAGUGUGCCGACAGCUGAGCGUUAUGUAUACAUGUGCGUUCCAUGUCCAGUACAGCUGAAAGCCGGACCGUCGUUUGGUGGAACUGGACUAACUGUAAAAUGUGACUGGCUGGGAAUAAUGAAACAAUAUUUGUCUAAAGGAUGGCGGUUGGUGGAAGUGUUCUUCGAUGAUGGGUUUAAGCAUCAGGGCCUUUCAAGGAAAAUGGAUCUCAACUCCAUCUGGUUUUUCGAGAAGCCUAUGUCUCGCAUGAAUGACGACACUGAAGUUUAUGAGGCAGUGGUGAUAGAGCACUACAUUGAGUUGAGGACAGUAUGUUGUGGCGGCGUGCGCACCAUCCCGAAGUGGGAGCCAGUGAUUGAAAGGUUUGGCCGAGAAGGAUGGGAGCUUGCUUGCAUCGUGGAGACAAUGGAAGGUGCACAAACUGGAUGUACUACAGCAGAAAUUAAAGUGUUUUUGUUCUUUCAGCGGCCGAUUCUGCGAGCAGAAGGCAGAUGGGAGACUCAAGGGUUUGUGUCAGGUAAAGAUCCAAUAGAAUUCCAGAGUCCACCUCCAUAUGAUGGAUGAAUGUUCUCUACAGGCUGGGGAUGAUGGGGUAGCCUAUAGUAGUUAAAGCUUUCGCUCGUCAUGCUGAAGGUCCUCGCCGUGAUAUUGCUGGAAUGUUGCUAGAAUGUUGUUAAAAGUAGCAUAAAAUCAUACUCACUCACUCACUAACUUUGAGCUUAUUGUGUAGCAAUUUUGGCCAUAUUCAACCUUUUGAAGUAUGAAGGCUUUUACUGGCACAGAAAUAAAAAUAUGCAAUGGUGAAAUUAUCCAUGGUACCUAGAAAA